GUGAGUCCUUCUAAUAGCAACUGCUGCAGCAAAAGGCCCGUCAGAUAACUGUACCUUGCUGCCUUUGGACACAAUCUGCACCUUUCUUCAUAUACACACACUGUGGGACUGGUCAGUGCUCAACAGUCAUGCAGGCUCAGGAAGUCCUGAGACAGCUGCGGAUUCCCGAGCUGGAUGAUGUUAGGCAGUACAUGCGUGGCCUGCCCACCAAUGCACUCAUGGGCAUGGGUGCCUUUGCCGCCUUCACCACCUACUGGUUUGCAACCCGUCCAAAAGCCCUCAAACCACCCUGUGACCUUGGCAUGCAGUCAAUAGAAAUUCCAGGUGGAGAACGUGCAAGAAGGUCAGGACUGAAUGACAGCAACGAGCACAUGACACACUUCUACAAUGAUGCACGCACAAUGUAUGAAGUGUUCCAGCGAGGGAUCCGAGUAUCAAAUGAUGGACCCUGUUUGGGAUCAAGGAAACCAAACCAGCCAUACGAGUGGCAGUCUUACAGAGAGGUGGCAGACAGGGCAGAGCACAUCGGUUCUGCUCUCCUUCACAGAGGACACUCUCAUACGGGAGACAAGUUCAUUGGCAUCUUUUCCCAGAACAGGCCAGAGUGGACCAUUUCAGAGCUGGCCUGUUACACAUACUCUAUGGCUGCAGUUCCACUUUACGACACGCUUGGUACUGAAGCCAUAGGCUAUAUUAUCGACAAAGCCUCCAUCUCAACAGUGAUCUGUGAUGUACCCGAAAAGGCUCGGAUGAUUCUGGACUGUGUCAGUGGGAAAGGGCGAACUGUAAAGACAGUUGUGCUCAUGGAAGCGUUUGACAGUGAGCUGGUGACACGUGGACAGGAGUGUGGCAUUGAGAUUCUGAGUUUAAAGGAGUUUGAGGCUGUGGGUAAAGCAAACCACCAAAAACCAAUGCCCCCGAAACCAGAGGACCUCGCAAUUAUCUGCUUUACAUCUGGAACUACAGGAAACCCAAAAGGUGCAAUGCUUACUCAUGGAAAUGUAAUCUCCAACACUGCAGCUUUCAUUAAAAUAACAGAGGGCAUACUGAAGCCCUCCAAUAAAGAUGUGCUCAUCUCGUUCCUUCCUUUGGCCCACAUGUUUGAGAGGGUGGUGGAGGGUGUCAUCCUGAUCCAUGGAGCUCGAAUCGGCUAUUUCCAGGGGGACAUUCGACUUUUGAUGGAUGAUUUGAAAACGCUGCGGCCAACAGUCUUCCCUGUGGUCCCACGUCUCCUUAACCGCAUGUUUGAUAAGGUUUUCAGUCAGGCCAACACUCCGCUGAAGAGAUGGGUACUCGAUUUUGCUUUUAGGAGGAAGGAGGCGGAGCUUAAAAGUGGUGUGGUCAGAAAAGACAGCAUGUGGGACAAAAUCAUCUUCAAAAAAGUACAGGCGAGCCUGGGCGGUCGUGUAAGACUCAUGAUUACAGGAGCAGCACCAGUUUCUCCAACCAUCCUAACGUUUUUACGUGCUGCACUGGGCUGUCAGUUUUAUGAAGGCUACGGACAGACUGAAUGUACAGCUGGUUGCUCCAUGUCAAUGCCUGGGGACUGGACAGCAGGUCAUGUCGGGCCUCCUUUGCCCUGCAAUGCUAUCAAACUGGUGGAUGUGGCAGAAAUGAACUACCUAGCGGCCAAUGGAGAGGGAGAGGUGUGUGUCAAAGGACCAAAUGUAUUUCAGGGAUACCUCAAAGAUCCUGAGAAAACAGCAGAAGCAAUCGACGAGGAUGGAUGGCUGCACACAGGAGACAUCGGGAAAUGGCUUCCUAAUGGCACUCUGAAGAUCACUGAUAGAAAGAAGCACAUUUUCAAGCUGGCUCAAGGAGAAUACAUCGCCCCUGAGAAAAUAGAGUGUGUGUAUACGCUCAGUGAUCCAGUGGCCCAGAUAUUUGUUCACGGCGACAGCCUACAGGCAUGCCUGGUGGGGAUCGUGGUACCUGAUCCAGACUAUUUACCCAUUUGGAUCAAGAAAAAAGGGAUUGAAGGCUCCUACUCUGAACUGUGCAAGAACAAGGACGUGAAAAAUGCCAUUCUGGAGGACGUCCUGAGGUUAGGCAAGGGGGCAGGACUCAAGUCGUUCGAGCAGGUGAGGGAUAUUGCGUUACACCCUGAGCUGUUUUCUGUCCAGAACGGCCUGCUGACGCCAACGCUGAAGGCCAAGAGAGCUGAGCUUCGGAGCCAUUUCAGAGCACAAAUUGAUGAACUCUACUCCAAAAUAAAGAUGUAAACAUGUAUCGAGGAGCACUGGAGGAGAGGUGAUAUCCCUUUAGAGCACACAAUCGGAACCAAAUAGUUAAUUGAGGGUUUGGUUUGUAUUUUGUUUUUGUUUUUUUUGCCAGCUUUGUCUGCCAGUGACGAUCUGAGAUAAUAAAUCUCAGUUAUUAUUCCUGCUUCAUCUAGUAAUUGUACCACUAUAAUGUCCCUGUGAUCACUGGCUAAUAAGUUCAGGAUAUGCCGUCAUGUAGCUGGUAUACCAUAGGAGAAAGAGUUGAAAACGACAAAGGGGAAAGGUAACUUGUUCAUGCCUUAUACUGCCAUUAAGUCUGACGCAUUCACGGUCAGAAAGGCCCAGUACCUAAAAAACAUUUCUGCAAGUUUUUUAAUCUUGGGAGUCGCAAAAAAAAUACAAUAAACCUGCUUUUAAAGUGACUUAUAUUGUAUAUUUAUAUAUCAGACUAUUUAAUGUUUUGGUACAUCUAUUUAAGUUGGUAUUUAAUGUAACCAUUAGCCUGUAAAUAGUGUAUCUGCAGAAAAAUCUAUCUGUAUGCAGAGCAUUGUGCCUGAUACUUUGUGGUUAUAAUUCCCUGCAUUCCCAUGUUUCUCCGUGCUGAGGGCCUGAUAAACCUUCUUGCGUGCACAAUUUAGCUUUUAAGGAAUUACGUUGCUUCUCAGACUUUGUUUUUGCUUUAUUUGUUGUUUUAUUUUUUCUUUUAACUGCAUGGGGAGUCGUGAAUGUUACUGUACUGUACAUGUAGUCCCUUCUUUUAGAUUUUCACAUUUCAGUGCCACAGGUUACAGGAUUAAGCUGCACACUGUCGUUUGUAUAGUUCACUUAAGUUUUCAGUGUAAAUAUUUGGAACACUGGUGUCAGGGUUAAUUUAAAGACACAACCUUUUUUGAAAUUAAUUCCACCUCCUUGUCAGCAUUUCACAUUCAUUUUUCACUUUUCGGGUGUUAAACGGAGCAGCACUUCUUCGUUUUUUGAUUAGGGGGUUUUGUUGUGAAUUCAGAUGGUUUAACUGAAUUAUGAUCUUUAUACAUUUAAAUCACGUAGAGGUCUCCUUGACUGUUCAAGCCAUAUUUUUUGUUUGUUUUUAAAGACUCUUAUGAUGUGAGAAGGGCAAUGGUGCAGUUUUGUGCCAUAGUAAUGAGUGUAGUAUCUUGAUUUGUCAACUGUACAAAAUAAAUGCUUUUUUUCCCAAA